GCAACUCGGAAACAAUUCACAAAACCUAACCCUUUCGUCAGUCUACGCUUAGCUUCGUGAAGAGUCGAAACAUUGUGUCAUCCAAACAAUGUGCGAUAAUCAGUGUAAUUUAAUUGAAACAUUUAAUCCCGAAGUUGAAUAUCAAAAAUUUCUAAAACGUAAACCCAUUGUUCAAACGGCCAGACUCUAUGAGGAAUUGAAGACCCAUGAAGAUGUGAACCGAUGUCCAUAUAAUUUCAAGGGAUACGGUGUGGAAACGGAUCAGAAUACCAUGUAUCGUACCUACAAUUCGGAAUAUGGUUAUUUUGCCCCAAAUCCGUACACCAUUCCGUCCCGUUACUAUCCAUUGUCACAGAAAUUCUCCAAUGAAUUGCAUCGUUGUGGCAUGUAUCGAAAUUUCUCUUUGAACACCCAUAUGGAUAGAAGUUUCUACUGAAAUAUUGAAACU